AAAUCCUCCAUAUACGUGAGGAAAGAAGAAAGUUUGUUAUCAACAUGGCGUCAACGAGCAAAACUCAAGUGAUAUCUUUGUACAGAAUGCUUAUGAAAGAAAGCAAGAAAUUCCCGUCCUAUAACUACAGAACGUAUGCACUACGCAGGGUCAAGGAUGGCUUCAGGGAGAAUGUACAUGUUGAAAACCCUAAAACGCUGGACCUUCUUCUGAACCAGGCCAGAGAGAGCCUGGCCAUCAUCAAGAGACAGGUGUCCAUUGGUCAGCUGUACACUACUCAGAUGACCAUUGUGGAGAGAGUAGGGGCUUGAGGUCUUCAGAAGUGAUGGUAGAUGUAGUGUGGAAUGUCUUCCUGCUGAGGAGAAGGCACUAAAAGGAGACUGGGGCUGAGUCAGCUCUGUGGCUUCUUUAGGCUUCAGUCUCAAAUGUUCUCUGUAAUGUAACGUCCUGUAAUUUAUUGUUAUAUAAAUCAUUGUAAUUAAA